AUGCGGAGUAGAGCGGUGCGCUUAGCAAUUCAAAGGGGCUCGUUCGUAAAACAAUACGUCGAGAAUCUCCGAGGAAUUUUUAUCGUCGCCAGUUUAUUAUUCAGCAACGCACUGGCGACGGAGUCAAAUGGCCAAAUGUCAAACGGAGCGCCGCGCGGUGACGUCAGAGAUAUGAGCUCAACACGCGGCCGCAGCGAGGCGUUCCUUGUUAUCCCAAAGCUGAGAAGCCACUACUUGACAAGUGCU